AGAAAUCGGCCAUGAAGAGAAGCGUCUCUCCAUGAUUCGCCGGAUCGAUUUCUCUUUCGUCGUGGGGAAAGAUGCGAAGCAGGCCAAGCGCUCCAAGGAGGCGGCGGCGGCGGCGGCGGCGGCGGCGGUGCAGCAACCUGCUUGGCCGUGGCAGGGCUUAGUCGAAAAUCUGCAGCUUGCUCAUCAGGAGCUAUCCGUCAUCAUGGAUCUCAUCAACACGGUUGAAGCAAAUGAUGCUGUAGCGGUGGCUGGAAUGCAAAGACCAAAGCCUUUGCCAAACGAAGUUCUGUCAGACCUUGCAGUAUCUGCAGCAACUAAGCUUCAACGUCUUCGGCAUCUUGGAAGGUAUUUUAAGCAAUCUUCUAAAGCAAUGGAGCAGCAGGUCUCUAGGGAUGCAAGGUUCUAUGGUUCACUUAUCAGAUUGCAGCAGAAUUGGAAGGUAAAACGGCAGCGUAUGGCAGCAAUGGGUCCAGGAAGUGAGGGCUUCUCUUUUGAUCUUCUGGAUAAUUCGUUUGUAGACUUGACUGCUUUAUCUCGUCCAUCAUCUAUAUCUACAGUUCGUGUUGAUCAUCACUAUUCUGGCAUUUUGUCUAUACAAAGGCCUCAAAAAUCAUGCCGCUCUAUAUCUCUCAGAUUUAUCGGGGCUGAUCCUAGUUGCAAACAGAAAAGCUUCAGUAGAAAGAAAAUAUAUAGCUCAGCUGAGCAUCUUCGAGCAGCUAAAACAGAAGCUUUGACUGAUGAAGAUGUCAAUGAAUGUGUCAAAGAUACUCAUUCAGUUCUUUGUGAAAUCCAUCAGUCUAUAUUUGAAGAGCAGGUUUUUGACAUGGUGAACCAUGAGACUUACAACCCAUUGCCAGGUAUAAGUGUGACUGGGAUGCGAGAAGACUUCUUACAACUAGCAAUUGGUCAAGAAACUUCAGUAUGUCUGUGCCUUGUGCCUUCUGGGAAAGAAGAUGGCUCUCAAAUGGUUGACUCCAAAGGAGACAGUCAGAAUGGGGAAAGUGGACUUCUAAAUUCUGACUCGAUGGAUUUGGCAAUUGUUGGAGAUGAUCAACAUGAUUUCCUUAAAAUGAAUUUAUCAGGAAUGCCCAAUCCAGUCAGUCUGGAAAUUUAUUUGCUAUUUAUUUUUCAUGAAAAUGUCCUUGCAAGGGCAAAGGAAAGACGCUCUUGUGCCACCCGAGCUCAAGUGCCCGGUCAGCCUGCAGAUGGCAGUUGUGGUGUCCUAGGUCACUUCUGUAUGACAGUAGCUCAUAGAAUCUUUUCCAACAAAGUGUUGUCAGAACUAGAGUCCCUGGUGAAUGGAGUUCCAUAUCUGCAAUUGUUAUCUCAUCCUACUUGGCAUUCUCGGACAUCUUCAUGGUCUCUCUCCUUGAAGUUUCCCCAGUCAGUUCUUCAUGCUGGCAGGUGUUCCAAGAUUUUAGACAAUCAUAAUCUGAAGCAUGGAAUGAGGUCACAGUUCCACACGAAGGUUGUGGUGAAGGAUGACCAAAUUAAUGUAAGUGGUGAGGGUGCACCUAGUAUCAUUUGUUCAUUUAGGGGCAGUUCUGAUGAUGUAUGCUCGUUGAACUCUUUUGGCUGUGACUUAGAAGAUCUCCCGAUGAUUCUUCUGCAGCAGGUAGCGAGCCAGGUUAUUCGAUGGCUUCAUGAGGAAGCUUUGGUGGUUGGAAUGAAGGCAAGCAGAGACUUCUUGUGCCUGUACUUUGGUUUGGACCAUGGUGACACUCUUGGCCUGGUGGCGCAUGUGGACCCUGAUGACAUCAAUGGGUGUAUUUCGUGGUGGGUUGUGAUGGAUGAUGGUUUGGUGGAGGGAAAAAAUUUGACGGAGUAUGGCGAGUCUGAGAGUCGGAGAUUUUUGGGGCAUUUGUCUCUUGAAGCUUUAUAUGCGACAGUAAUGGAUUUAGCAAACUUGUGUAGCAUUGGUGGCAUUCACUAAUAUGUAUGAUGCAAACUUGACAUUUUGGUCUAGAAGGAUUAUGCAAGUGAUUAUGAUCACAACCUGAUUGAAAUCAUAUGUCAGUACAUGGUGGGUAGAUGGGGCGUAAGUUGACAUCCUCGGCACCUGUUAUAUUGAGACAAGCCUUAUCCGUUGGGUUGGAUCCUGGAAUUUUUCUGUCCUUUGCUCAAAAAAUUGAAACCGUAUGUAUUCUGUUG